AUGCCCCCCUCAGGGCCACGCUCGAUAUCGUUGACUGUUAUAGCGGGGGAGACCAAUAUCGGUGAAUGUCUCACUAAGCCGGGAGCCACGCUGCUCAAGAUCGGUCGUGUGAAGACGGGCAACACCUUCGCCGUGAAGACGGCUUCGGUCUCUUCUAAGCACGCAGAGCUUGUGUGGGACGAUAGCGAAGCGGCGGCGGGCGGGACGUGGUUUCUCGUGGACAUCGGCAGCAGCAACGGGACGCAAAUCAAUGGGAACAGCAAGCUCCUGGAGGGUCAGCGGUAUCCGCUGCGCGACCAGGAUAUUAUCCAGUUGGGGCCCGACACGCAGCUGCAGGUCGCAAUUGAGGCGGCGGCGCACGACGCCGCGGGGCUGACGGUGGAGCAGAAGCUCACAGCAGACGCGCAGCGCAUCGCGGCCAGCAUACAGGCGGCAGCGACCGCCAUGGCGAGCCAGAUUCGAGACGAGUGGCGAACCCAGCGGCAGGAGCUUGAGGCACUCCUCAUAUGCUGA